GCAGCUGAUACAUCACAUUCACUCAGCACUCAUGUAAUGGUGCUCCCUGCGCCCAGGGGCAUCUGUCAUGAAUUGGAAUUGGCUGCAGGCCCUCAUCAGUGGGGUCAACAAGUACUCCACAGUGUUCAGCCGGGCCUGGCUCGCAGUGGUGUUCAUCUUCCGGGUGAUGGUGUUUGUGGUGGCAGCUCAGCGGGUGUGGGCUGAGGAAAUGAAAGAGUUUGAAUGCAACACUAAACAGCCAGGCUGCACCAACGUGUGCUACGACUACUUAUUCCCCAUCUCCCACAUCAGCCUGUGGGCCCUGCAGCUCAUCUUCAUCAUUUCCCCGUCGCUGAUGGUUGUUGCCCAUGUCAAAUAUCGAGAGAUGAAGGAGUUUAAGUUCAGCACCACCCACAAGGGUCAACGCCUGUAUGCCCGCCCUGGGAAGAAACGUGGAGGGCUGUGGUGGACAUACUUGGUGAGCCUGAUUUUAAAGGUAAGCUUUGAUGCUGGUUUCCUCUACAUCCUUUACAACAUCCAUGAGGGGUUUGACUUACCACGUUUGUCCAAGUGUUCCCUGGAGCCUUGCCCAUACACGGUGGACUGUUACAUAUCCCGCCCCACAGAGAAGAAGAUCUUCACUCUCUUCAUGGUGGUGUCCUCUGCUGUCUGCAUCUUGAUGUGUAUCUUUGAGAUGGUUUACCUCAUCUGCAAGCGCAUUACGAAUCUAAUCAAGAGGAAUAUAUAUGCAGAGAGGAAGGCAUUCGUAGAGAUGCAAGAGUUGAACUCAUUGUCAGGAACUCAUUCAAGGUACAAGUCUAGAUCAUCUUUGAGAGUGGAUCCAACAGUCUCUAUCCAGAACCAGAGUUCAAGACCAAGAACACAACAACUAAGAAAUUAGAAUCAUGUUGCUCAGACUCUGACAAACUAAUUGAAUAACUCUAGGUGCCACUGUAAGCAAAUGCAUGCUUCCGACUGCUUGCAGAACUGUUGCUCACAGAAAAGAAAAGAAAUACCUAGCGAUUUGUAAAUAUUACCAUGUUAAAUGAAAUUCUACAUGGAAAUCAACAGUAAAAUUGUGUGUCAAAGAGGAACCUUUUUUUUCUCUAAUUAUGUUCUAUGUGUGUAUGAGUGUGUGUCUGUAUUCAUGCUUUUAUGUAGUCUGUCCAUCAAUGGCCAAUAGUAAAUUCUGAUAAGCUGUUGGAUAUGGUACUUCUAAUGGAUAAAACUUGAACAUUUUAAAAGGUUAACGGUACUAAACUCAUCUAGAUACAGAACAGAUGGUGAAUCCCUUUACCUGAAAAUAAAUAUUGACCAAGCACAGCACUUUCUUGAACACAUUAAGUGGAGAUGGAGAUGAAGGUGCAGAUAUGAAUGAAUUCAUUACAUUGAAAAAAUGACACAUACCGUUGUUUACACCCACAAAAAUUUCUUGACCAAAUUGAAGUAUGACUAUAUCUGUAUUAGUUUGUU